AUGUCUGCGGAAGAAGAGCGCCAGACGGCCCUCAACGCCUACCGGGCGAAGCUCAUCGAAUCCCGCGAAUGGGAGGCAAAGCUGAAGAACCUACGACUAGAGAUCAAAGACCUCCAGAAGGAGUACGACCGGACAGAGGAGAACAUCAAGGCACUGCAGAGUGUAGGACAGAUUAUUGGUGAAGUCCUAAAGCAGCUGGAUGAUGAGAGAUGUAAGGGCACUUGCCAAGGGUCUUGCGAUGGGGAAGCUGUUUCCGAGGGUGAUGCUAACCUUGAGUGCUUUCCAGUCAUCGUUAAGGCGUCAUCGGGUCCUCGGUAUGUCGUCGGCUGCAGAUCCAAGGUUGACAAGACGAAGAUGAAGCAAGGCACACGUGUCGCGCUCGAUAUGACGACGCUCACGAUCAUGCGUAUGCUCCCGCGGGAGGUCGAUCCACUGGUCUACAACAUGUCACUGGAAGACCCCGGCCAGGUCAGCUUUGGAGGAAUCGGUGGACUUAAUGACCAAAUUCGAGAGCUCCGAGAAGUCAUCGAGCUUCCCUUGAAGAAUCCAGAGCUCUUCCUCAGAGUAGGCAUCAAGCCGCCCAAGGGUGUCUUGCUCUACGGUCCUCCCGGAACAGGGAAAACCCUUCUAGCCAGAGCUGUUGCAAGCAGUCUGGAGACAAAUUUCCUGAAAGUUGUUUCGUCGGCCAUUGUCGACAAGUAUAUCGGUGAGUCGGCGAGGUUGAUCCGAGAAAUGUUUGGUUACGCCAAAGAACACGAGCCGUGCAUCAUCUUCAUGGACGAAAUCGAUGCCAUCGGAGGACGACGAUUUUCCGAGGGUACAAGUGCCGAUCGUGAAAUCCAGAGAACCUUGAUGGAGCUCCUCAACCAGCUGGACGGAUUCGACUACUUGGGCAAGACAAAGAUCAUCAUGGCUACGAACAGACCGGAUACGCUGGACCCCGCGCUGCUGCGUGCUGGUCGUCUGGACCGAAAGAUUGAGAUCCCGCUGCCGAAUGAGGUUGGACGGCUGGAGAUUCUCAAGAUCCAUGCCUCUUCUGUUGUCAUCGAUGGUGAUAUUGACUAUGAAAGUGUGGUCAAGAUGAGCGAUGGACUGAAUGGAGCUGACUUGCGAAACGUGGUCACUGAAGCUGGUCUGUUUGCCAUUAAAGAUUACCGAGAGUCGGUUAACCAGGAUGACUUCAACAGGGCGGUGCGUAAGGUGAUGGAGGCAAAGAAGCUGGAGGGCAAGCUCGAGUAUCAGAAGCUGUAA